CUGAAAAUGGAAGAAACAACCUCACAAAACCAUCGUGAUUCCGCUGAUGAAACCAACGUUUCAUUUCAAAUUAACAUGAAUUCUUCUCCAAACGGUGAUGCGAAUAAAACUCCUGAAGAAUCCGAGCUCAACAAUACCAUUAACACGAAGAGCAGUGAAGCGUUGCCCAAAGCUUUGUCUUGUAUGUUGACCAGCGUAAUCAAAGACUUCGAUUCAAAGGCUCAAGACACUCUACAGUCACAGGACCAGCUCGCUUCCGCCAUCGAUCGUCUCACUCGAGAGCUUGAUCAAUUAUUAGAAGAUGCACCCUUGCCAUUCAUUAUGCAACAUGCAGCAAAGAUUUCUAGCGUUAGAAAGAGAGUUUCAUCAUUGAAUUCACUUUUGAGAUCCAUACAGCAGCGUAUUGAUAAUGUGGACCGAAUGCUAUCAGCCGGGAUUCACCAUGAGAAAACCACCAGAGAGAAUUCUUGAGAACAUCGAACAUUGGUUUUGUAUUGAAGGGUUUCUUGAACCAAAGACGCCGAUACUUGAGAUGUCUCUUAAAAUUACACCAAGUUUCUGCGCUUCAAAAUUUGAUAUUCUAAAGACAUGGCUACAAGGUGGUGAAGAGUGCUGAAAAUUUGGCUUUUGAUUUCCAAAUAUAUUGGAUUUGAGCCAUUAACCAGCUAGAAGGAUAGUGUUUUAGAUGUCUAGUUGAUUUUCAACUUUACUUGAUGUACCAUGAUGUAUUUUAUUAUAAUUGUUCUUUAA